CCAGAAGUAGUGUGUAUAGGGAGGGACAGAGGUGUUUGAGCAGAGGGAAGAGGAAGGGACGGACAGACAGGUUAUGAUCCAAAACUGAGAGAAGUGGUUAGGCAGACAGGUACACGUAAACACGUCCUCACACCAUUCCUUUUUCCUCUCGGCUCCCCUGUGGACCCCUGUCUCAGCAGAAUGAUGCGGGCGGCAACCGCGCUGGUCGUCGUCUGCCUCGGCAUUAUGGGGGUCCUGAUGUACCAGACCUUCCAGCAAGAGAUGUCCAUGCGAGACAUCAAGGCCCGGAUGCAAACUGCCUCAAACCAGGUGCGCAAAGGGGAGGAGGAGAUCAUCCAGGCAAAGCUGAAGAUCCAGGAGAUCAAUGCCCUUCUCUCUCCUAUUGUCCUGAGGAAAGAUGACCUGACAAAGAAGAAGCAGGAGAUGAAUGCUGCCAACGGAAAGGUUCAGAAGACUGUGGAGGAGUGCAAUGCUGAAAAGACAGAGGCAGAGAAAAAAAGGACUGCUGUAAGUGAAUCUCUCAAAAAACUGAAAGAUGAGCAGGAAGCAGAGAAAAAGAAAGCAGAAGAGGAAAUAAAAGGCCUGAAACAGCAGAUUCUAGAUCGGGAUAAGAAGUUGUGUGAAUUUGUGGACAUGAAUCUGGAGGAAGGAAAGAAGCUGUGUGGAGUUUUUGAGGCCCCAAAAUAAGACCUUCAGCAGUGACCCCCACCACCACCACCACCACCAAAUUAGGACACUUCGCAGCCCCCAGCCCCCCCCCC